AUUGGACUAAUAAUGUCCAGCUCUAUUCCUAACUGUCUAUUUGUGCAAUUAACAAGCUGACAGAGCAUUCUUACAGAAUUCAAGCAGCAUCCUGGUCAUGAGAUUUGUGUCCAGCAGUUGAUUACAGAAUAAUUUGCCAAUUUCUUAAUGGCGUUAUAUUAAUAUGUUGGUUGUAAUAAAUGCUUUCUUUUAGCUAUCGCCUUAAAGAAGCUAUGGAUACCAAAAUAUCUAAGACUACAAGUACAAAUCAAUUCGUACAGUAUUUUUCAAAUUUUAACUUUUAAAAAGUUUUUUUUAUUGUUAAGUCUUAUUGAAGAGCAAGCUUUCAUGAAGAGAUUUCUCAGAAGUAUUUUAAGAUGCUAAAUAGGGUUUUUCUCAAGUAUAAAGGUAAAAAAUACUUCAUUGCUGUAAAAUGUAGGUAUUAUAAAUGAAUAAAUACAGUAACUUGGUGACAAAAUUUUAAAUAUGUCUAAAUACAACAGUUUCUGUAUUUUUAAGGGUGAAAUAUGGCUAAAGAAAGAUGUUUGAAAAAGUCAUUUAAAGACAGUUUGGAGGAUAUAAAAGAACGAAUGAAAGAAAAGAGAAAUAAAAAAUGGGCAAGGCUGGGUAAAGCAAACCAGGUUUUACCUAUUAAGAGUAAAAUUGCAGAUAAUUCUUUGGUGCAGCUGAAAAGCUUCCAAGCAAAUAAUCAUGCUUUAGCUUUGGCUUUAGAAGAAGAGAAGAGUAAAAUGAGGGAAGCACAAGAUAUUAUAUUGCAUUUAAAAAAAGAAUAUCAGAGCUUGAAGUUUCAGUUUUUUGUCCUACAAAGAAAGCUUAAGUUACAGCAAGAAAAAGAACAUGCUGAGAAUAGAUUCAUGAUAGUGAAGAAGCUUAUUUCUAAAGUUGUUCAAGACCUACUCAAUGCAGCAAAUAUUCUUGAUCCCAUAAAUGAUGUCAGUACUGCUGAUUUGAAUACAAUUCAGUGCGCCUCUGAACUUGAAGAAUGUGCUUCCAGAAGUUUAAAAAAACAUGAUUCUUUGACACUUCUAAGGCACAUUCUUGCUGUAAAAGUAAGUAAAGAAGAUAAAGAUGACACACAAAAUAAAUUGAGUAGAAUUUACCCAGAUUCUGUAUCAAAUUUCUAUGACAGCAUUGAGAAUACACCUCCAGCAUCUCAGACAGAUACAGGUUGCCAGGAUUAUUCUUGUGAAGAUCAUCUAGAUCAUGUAGACUCUGGGAGCAGAAUUACUUCAGUCGAUGAAGACAGGCAAAUUGGUUUUUCUGUACCUAGAAAUGUAUCUACCCGUCGUCGUCAUUUAAGAAUUAAUCCCCCAAAUGAACUCUUUGUAUCAGAUGAUGGUAGUCCAAAGAUCAGUGCUGAUCUUUGCAAAGAAGACAAAACUCUGUCUAAGACAUGUUCAGGGAAGAAUAAUGAAAAAUGUGAAGAAAUAUCUAUUAAUCUGGAGGACAAGCAUGGCGUAAACACUGAUGAAAGAGAAUCAGAUAUGCAAAUUGAAUCAAAUGCCACAGCCUUUUUAGAACAAAGUAAUUUUAAUAAAAUUGGUGGCCUUAAGACUCAGAAAGAGAAGGGUCAGAAGAGAAAAUUAGUAACCACGGAAAAUGUGCCCAGGGCAAGAUCCAAAAAGAACAAAAACUGCAAUAAGCAGACUAGUUCUAAACAAAAAGCAGAUACAUCCAUUAGUUCCAAUGAUGCUUAUGAUUUUGUAUGUGAGGAAUCUGUUCAUAUAACACCUUUCCGGCAAAACAAACAGAAGAAACAUGUUGAUAACAGAGAUUAUACAGAAGAAGCAGAAAUCUGUACUGGUGAAUCAUCUGUUUCAGAAGAGGAUCCUGAUGAUAGUCUCUAUGUGCCUUACUCAAAAAAAUCAAAAUCCAAGGAAACUUUAAACACUGGAACAGAUGUAAUCCCAGUAUGCACAAGACCACGAUCAAAGAGAACUGUUUGCGAGCAACAUGAUAGAAAUGCUGAGGGGAAAAACAGUAAUAUCAAAACACCUGAAUCUCAUUUGGAUGAAUCAUCUGAGACACUUCAGAAACAUCACCAUCUCAGUGAUAUUACCAACAUUGUAUCAACUUCGUACCAAACAAGAAUUUCUCACCCAGCCUUCAGCACUGCAGUAAAAGAUACUUCUCACCAGAGACGUAGAAGUACUAGUUAUGUGAGUUAUAAGGAGCCAAGUCUCAGCGGGAAACUCAGAAGAGGAGACCCAUUUACAGAUACCACCUUCCUGAAUUCUCCCAUUUUUAAAGAGAAAAAGGGAACCAAAUCCCUUAAUAAAAAGUUGCUGUCCAGAUACAAUGAAGCAUUUGUUGGUUGUAAUUAAAAUCUUUUUAUGGGGCACAUUUAGCUUGUCAUUUUUAUUAUGCUGAAAAGUAUAUUAACCAAAAUUCUAAAGUUGGAGGUUUUGCAUGUUUUUUGGUUUUGAUUUAUGAAUACUAAUAUUUUACAACACACAUACACUGCCUCCCUGUUUAAUUUAUGGAUGACAUAUUCAGUUAGUUAUAAAUAACCUAUUAUCAUUUUAGUAGGAGUUACUUCUAUUUCCUGAACAUGAUAGAAGAAAAUAAUUGAUUUGAAACUCAGAUGAUUUGGUGUCAAAUACAGCUAAUUUUAUCAGUAAAACAUUUUAUUAAAAAUAAAGUUAAACUUUGUAGUGUCUUCUGAACUAUUAUUUACUUAUAUGAUAUUUAUAAUAAAAUGUUUAAUUUUGAUAAAAGGUAAUUUAGUUUAAUUAGCAAUUCUAGCAGUGUUUUCAACCUCCAUUUUCUUGUAGUUGUUCUAAUACUUUGUAAAUUAUCUCAGUCUGUAUUCUUGUACACACCUAUUUAGAAAUAAACACCAGUGAACUGUA